CCUACGUAAAGUAGGUAGGUACAUUUCCACGAUUACCUCCGAGGCCAGGUACCAGGUAGCUUGGGUUCAUCCAUUCAACCUCAUCUUUGCGGCUGGAUAAGUUGGCCCGAUCUGAUCUUCAAAUUCACUCCUGAACGUGAGAUGAAUGGAUAUCAUGUGUCUUUCCACUCCAUGCCACUUCUUUCAACUCUUCAGCGACCAACAUCUUUGUAUUCCGUCGCUCUAUCUACACCUGUUCUGUUUCUUCUCUGCAGUCAAUUAAACACUGCAUCUUUGAGUGAUCACAAUUCUUUGCAGCAGCAAUUUGGCGAAGUUCAAUCUGGUUCGAAAUUCGGCAUAACUGAACAAUCCUUGUUUCUCCUUUACCUACGGAGUGAGCUCCAUAUGGAAACCAUCGCGGAUUUGAUUGUUGGCAGUCUUGCCGGGCAACAGUCUCUUGACUCUCCACUUGGAGAGAGCAUACAAGCUUCAACCGUUCAAUGCGAUACCCCUGAUGGCAGCAAGAGUGCUCGACCCGACACACGCCCAGCAAAAUCUAGGAUUCCCGAGAUUCAAGACAAUACUGCUUCAGUCAAACCCACAGCUUCUACUACUCAAGUUGACUCCUGGAAUAUCACAGUUAAGGCAGAUCCCGAAUUCACCAAUUCCAACAUGUUUGCUAGAAGCCUCCGAAAGAGGAAGGAGCCACCUACCGCCUCAGCUGAUCCUGUUGGUGAAACCAUGCAGCCGUUGACUGAAAUUGAACGCUGCAAGUGGAAAGGUUGGGCUGAACUCGAAUCUGAUCCUGCUCUCUUCAAUUACAUCUUGCGCAAGUAUGGCGUUCAAGAUGUCAAGGUUCAGGAGGUAUUCGGUCUAGAUGAGGAGUGUAUGGCAUACGUCCCUAAGCCGAUCUAUGGAAUGAUCUUCUUGUUUAAAUACCAUGAACAUGAUGCAGAAAAUCAUGAGGAUUCCCAGAAGUGUCCCAAGCACGUAUGGUUUGCAAAUCAGACCACCACUAAUGCUUGUGCAACUGUUGCCCUCCUCAAUAUUGUUAUGAACGUCCCGGGUCUUGACUUUGGCGAGGAUUUGCAAACAUUUAAGGAAGCCACUGAAAAGUUGAAACCGCCCUAUCGAGGAAAGAGGCUGGGUGAGAAUGGUUUCAUCCGUAGCAUCCACAACUCAUUCGCCCGCAAGAUCGAUAUCCUCAACGCUGAUCUUCUUCUAAAGAAUGAGUACGAGAAAUGGAUAAAGGGCAAAAAGGGCCCUAAGAAGGCGCCAGCCAACAAGAAGUCGCAUGCCAACAAAAAUAGGAAGCAGAUAUACAAGGAUGAAGAGGAAGGCUAUCACUUCAUCGCAUACGUUCCUAUUCGAGGCGAAGUUUGGAGACUUGAUGGCUUGCAACGGGAGCCCGUCAAGCUUGGUAAACCUUCCAGCACCUAAGCACAUAUCUGACUAACGCGAAUAAGGUGAAAAUGGAGAGAACUGGAUCGAAGUCGCAAGCGCUAAUAUCAUGGAUCGCGCUCUGCAGUACCAAGACGAUGGCGUUGAGUACUCCCUCAUGUCCCUCUGCAAGAGCCCAACUCGGGUAGCCAUGGAGGAGCUGGCCAGCAACCUACACUUGAUCCAAUCACUGGAGAAGAUUCUCUCCUCAAUAAUCUCAGACUGGGACCUCCUCCUUCAAGCUCGUACGGCAGCCACAGCCAGUGAUCUUCACAACUUUUGUAAGAUCACCCAAGAGCUCGUCGAUAAGUCUCUUCCUUCGGCAUCUGAACUUGCCAAGAUUUCCAUAGCUGGCAAUGACCCCGAGAAGAUCAUGGCUUUGUACCGUGAGCUGGUCAACGAGCAGGGCCGUCUUCGCAACAUCUACGUGCAGGAGCUCGCCAUUGUUAGUCAGGAGGACGAGCAAGCUGAGACAAAGAAGAUUGAUCAUACUCCUUUGCUUUGCAGAGCUAUGCAGACACUUGCUGAUGCUGGUGUUCUCAGGGGUAUCGUUGAUGAUAUCCGUGAGCAGGAGACCAAGGACAAUAAUUGAAUUGUCUCGGCUACAUCACUUUCAAUUGAAACAUAUUUCCCGAACUUUCGGGUGCAGGAUAGCCGCAACUGUGGUCAGUAAAUCCAUGAAAAUUACUUGUUGGUGUCUUAUAGCAUGUUGAUGACAUCUUGUCGAGAACGAGAAAGAAAAAAGCAACAACAUUUGGAGAUGGAUAUAUGGGUGAUGGUUUGCGUUACAUAAUUGCAUUUACAUAGCUGUCGGGCGCCUGCAGAACACCGAGCAAGGAUGGAUGUAUCUUCCUUUUCUAACAAUGUCAUCCUUCAUUUUCAAAUGUCAGCAGUAAUGGGACUGGGAUGUAACUCCACACAUUCAAUGAUAGAUUUUCAAGCAUUUUCACUAUGAAAGCAACGCACUGAUCAAUCACCAAGAGACGUUUUUCAAGACCCGACACCCAUCACUGAG